UGGAGUCACCGCCAGUGUGGUAGGCGUGAUGUAAACAGCGUCGAUCGUAUUUUGUUUCUCUAUUCACUGUUUGGAAAAGUCCAGAAUCAGAAUCCUGAUCUCGUGAAAUUUCGAUGGAGUUCGUUUAGGUCCAAUGGUGAACAUCAAUUGCCCGUAAGGUGUCCACGGUUGAGUUUCCUGCUGUACCCAGGCGUUUAAAGCAGUUUGCUUCAUAGCUAGAGAACUUUUUAUCAUGGCAACUGAAAGCACAGAGUGCCCAGCAGCUGUAGUUCCUGCACCAGCUGCAAUGCCUAAAAUUAGAGAGGACUGGUAUCAAACCGAAACUCACGUCAUUAUCAAUAUCCUGGUUAAGAAUUUGAAAGACGACAAUGUUGAAAUAGCCUAUGCUGAUGACUCGGUAACUAUUAACUUGAAGCUACCAGACAAGCAGACCUGCUUCAAAUAUAAUUUAUUGCACCCUAUUAACUCCAGUCAAUCUUCACAUAAAAUUCUAUCAUCUAAAGUGGAAAUUAAAUUGAAGAAAGCCGAUGGCAUUAGGUGGGAAAAGCUAGAAGCUGAUGCAUCAGCUCUGCCAUCAGAGGUUGGAAAAGCACCUAAAGAAAAAAACUGGGACAAAGUAGUUGUAGCUUUAGCAGAAACAGAAGAUGAUAAACCACAGGGAGAAGCUGCUUUGAAUGCCUUGUUUCAACAAAUUUAUGGUGAAGGUUCAGAUGAUGUGAGGCGAGCUAUGAAUAAAUCCUUUGUUGAAUCAGGGGGCACAGUUUUGAGUACAGUGUGGAAAGAUGUGAAGGAGAAAACUGUGGACGUGAAGCCUCCUGAUGGUGUAGAAUACCGCAAGUGGAAUGAUUAGUUUGAUAAACAUUUUCAUUUUUUGUGUUACUUUUUAUCUGUCCAUUAUUCAUCAAACCCAAGUGUAUUUUUCUAUUUUGUUUUAUCUUAGUGUACCUACAUAUCUGUGUUCUCUGGUCAGGAAUUAAGUUUGAGAAAGCUAUAUCUUGCAGGGAUGGUGAAAAAUAAAACUGUUAAAGACAGAAGGGUCAUAAACCAUUUCAUUGAGUUCUUAUCUCAAAAUCUCUGAUAGCAUUGUUUCCCAUGAAAUGGUUAUGUUCCAAAUAUCUUGCUGUUUUUGUCUCUAAAAUUUGAUGUUCCACCUUGCUUAGUACGUACUUUUUGUUUUUCAUUGUAUUGUGUAAUCCUUGGGUAGAGACAAUUUGUGUGAUAAUAGAAUUUGAAUGUUUGAAAGAUAAAUACUAAGAUUGUUACUAAUUAGUCUGGUAAAUUAAGUCAGUACAGGUGCUAGAGUUGCACUUAUUUUAAAGACAUGUGCAUUUUUUAAACAAUCAAGCCACAAAUAUGUAAAAUUUAUAUUGAGGUAGCUUGUAUGCAUGUGUUACCAAGGACAAAUAUUUUGUUUUGAACUGAUUAAAAUUUUGUUUUGUGUCUGAAAAAGAAA